AUGGAGAAUGGCCAGAACUUACCGCAGGACAACUCUCAGAAGCCUGCAAUUGAUUAUUCCGAGUAUUACAAAUAUCUCCUAGAAAAUCCUUGGGUUCAGCAGUUUGCGGCACGGUUUUCGACCGCUAGUUUCAUCAGUGUUAGACACGCUGACAAAAGUGAAGCCUCCGAAAAACUGACAGAAAUGAGAUUUGUUUACGGAAUAUUUUUUGGGAAUAUUGUUGGCAGCGAAGAAUAUGUGCAGAUCUUAUCGACAGCGCAGGUUGUCGUUCAUGUUUUUAGGUUGUUUUUGUACUUUUACACCGUGAUUUCAAUAUUCUUGUCUGUCUGCGCCUUGCCCCCUCCAACACACUGUGGUGCAGUCGACGACAGUAGGGUGACGUAG